AUGAAGGGAAACUUUAGGAAAAGAGAUGGCUCCGCAAACUCGAGAAAGAAUGGUAAUGUUGACAGCAAUUACACCAAUGGAGGCGGUUCUAAUAAUCAAAACAAUGGUUCUUUGUUCUAUGAAAACGCUGAAACCACAAAACACUUCGAAGACCGUCAAGAUUAUUUACUAGCCAAUAGUAUCGGCUCUAUUGUCACCGUGACUGUUACUUCUGGUGUGAAGUACACUGGAUUAUUGGUAUCCUGUAAUUUGGAGUCCACCAAUGGUAUCGACGUUGUCCUUAGAUUUCCAAGAAUGGCUGAUUCAGAAGUUAGUAGUUCUGCCGAUUAUUUGGCUAAAACUUUGGGAGAAACUCUAUUGAUUCAUGGUGAAGAUGUCUCUGAGUUGGAACUGAGAAAUAUUGAUUUGUCCCUUGAUGAGAAAUGGGAAAAUUCCAAAGUUCAAGAGGCCACAUCUGUCGGAGCAGAUAACGAAAAGGAUAGGUCUGAUGAGGGAUUGAAUGAAGGUGGUAAAUUCAGGACCGAUGUUGACAUUUCUGGUUCUGGUAGAGAAAUUAAGGAGCGUAAGUUAGAGAAAUGGACACCUGAAGAAGGCACUGAAAAUUUCGAUAUUAAUAAGGGUCAAGCUUUAGAAGAUAAUUCCACUGCUUGGGACCAAUUUGCUGUGAAUGAGAAAAAAUUUGGUGUGAAGUCGACUUUUGAUGAGCAUUUGUACACAACAAAGAUUAAUAAGGAUGAUCCUAAUUACGGGAAGAGGUUGCAAGAAGCAGAAAGAAUUGCCAAGGAGAUUGAGUCUCAAGGAACUUCGGGUAAUAUUCAUAUUGCAGAAGACAGAGGCAUCAUUAUUGAUGAUUCUGGCUUGGAUGAAGAAGACUUAUACUCGGGUGUUGAUAGAAGAGGCGAUGAAUUGUUGGCUGCUUUGAAAAGCAACUCCAAACCUAACGCAAGCAAGGGAAAUAGAUAUGUUCCACCCACCUUAAGACAACAACCACAUCAUAUGGAUCCAGCAAUCAUAUCUUCAAGUAACUCUAACAACGAUGAAAAUGUCGCUGCUACUGGUAUCACUAGUCCUGCAGAAGCAGAGGCAAUAAGAGAAAAAGUUCCACAAAAGAAUUCUAAGAGCAAGAAAGGUUUGAGUAACAAGGAAGCUCAAAUUGAAGAGUUAAAAAAAUUUUCUGAGAAAUUUAAAGUUCCUUAUGAUAUGCCAAAGGAUAUGCCGGAGGUUUUGAAGAGAUCAAACUCCAUCUUAAAGUCCAAUUCUUCCCUCCCACCAAAGCCAGUCAGCAAGGCUCCUUCUGCAAAAAUUGGCUCUCCGAUAGCUCAGGUCUCUGCCGGGAGAACUGAAUCAAGAAGAAGUGGCAGCAACAUUUCUCAAGGUCAGUCAUCUGCUGGCCACACCAGAUCCAGCACUUCAUCGAGAAGACGUAAUCAUGGUUCCUUCUUCGGUGCUAAGAAUCCUCAUACUAAUGACGCUAAGAGAGCAGCGUUCGGAAAAAGCUUCAACAUGUUUAUCAAAUCAAAAGAGGCGCACGAUGAAAAGCAAAGAGGGGAUGACACCUCCGAUAAUAUGGAACCGUUUUUCAUUGAAAAACCUUAUUUUACAGCCCCAACUUGGCUAAAUACAAUUGAAGAAUCGUACAAGACAUUUUUCCCAGAUGAAGAUACAGCUAUUCAAGAAGCUCAAACGAGGUUCCAACAACGCCAAAUGAACUCGAUGGGCAAUGGAGGACCUGGAAUGAACCCAAAUAUGGGUAUGAAUAUGGGAGGAAUGAUGGGGUUCCCUAUGGGAGGUCCAUCAGCAUCAGCAAAUCCGAUGAUGAAUGGUUUCGCUGCGAAUUCGAUGGGUAUGUACAUGCCAUUCCAACCACAACCAAUGUUUUAUCACCCAUCAAUGCCUCAAAUGAUGCCAGUUAUGGGGAACAAUGGGGCUGAAGAAGGAGGAGGAAACAUCUCGCCUCACAUGCCUACGGGUUUCAUGGCAGCUGGCCCUGGCGCACCUAUGGGUGCAUUUGGAUACCCAGGAGGGAUGCCGUUCCAGGGGAUGAUGGGCUCAGGCCCGUCUGGAAUGCCAGCAAGUGGUUCGGCAAUGCACAGUCAUGGCCAUGGUAGAAAUUAUCACCAGACGGCUCACCAUGGUCACCAUAAUAAUAGUACUAGUGGCCAUAAGUAA